GAUUGAAUCAAUCAUUGAAGAAUUUCUUAGUGAUUUACAUCCGGAUUAUACAAAUUAUACAGAUGAAGUGAAUAUGUUAUGCGAAAUUAUUAAUGAUUAUUCAAAUCUAGUCUCAGUAUUUGAUAUGGAAGAAGAUUCUGAUUUAGAUGGUUAUGUAAUUUCAUCAUUGCUUGCUAGUGGUAAGUGA